AUGUCUACUACUGCACCAGCCUCAACUACCACGCCAGUUGUGCCGGAUCUUCCUAGCGCUAGUGUCAAUGACAAAUCCAUGGUAGAACCUCUUUUGCCAGAGGCAGCCAAGCAAGGCGAGCUUAUGGUGACAGCCUUAACCUCGGCGCCAUAUAACUGCUCCAUGGAAAUGGCAAUUGAAUUGUCUAUAUUGACACUUUAUGACCUGGUUGUGUUGAUUGAUGAUAGUAGUUCUAUGAAACUUCAAGAAAAUGCAAAGCGUAUUGCAACUCUUGAACGAGCUCUUCAGCAGGUGGCCGAUAUUUACACCUUAGCCAAUCCGUCCGGGAUCAAAUCUGUCAGAUUUUUGAAUCACCGCCAGGGUAAAGCGAAUGUCAAGAAGGAAGACGUCCCGGGGGUAAUUGGUCGUUGUGCCUGGAUUGGUCUUACCAUGAUGGGUUCAGAGUUGCGCAGGAAGAUUUUGCUACCCUUCGUACUCAAAGACGUCACAGCAAUGAAAAAGCCUCUUUUGGUGAUGAUCAUUACUGAUGGGCAGGUUGAGGGUGAAAAGAAGGGCCUUCUUGAAAAGGUUAUUCUCGAAUGCAUGCAGCACCUGAAGGAAAAAGAAAAGCCUAGUGCUGUUGCUUUCCACUUCUCUCGCGUUGGAAAUGACGAGGGUGCAAAGACCCUACUCACUUCCCUUGACAAUCACCCUCGGGUGGGAGAUCAUGUCGAUUGCCUACCAAUGGAUAUGCCCCUCGAAUCGAUUGAUGAAGCCAAUGAAGAAUGGUGCAAGGAGGAGAGGUGGGAAAUGAUACCCAAACUAUUGUUGGGUGCCAUUUUACCAUCGAUGGACGAAUUCGAUGAAGCUGCUUUCAAGAUCGAUGAUGGCGUUGGCGACGGUAUCACAGCGGCAGCUGUGGACUUGGAUAUUCUGGAAGACGACUAG